CCGCCCGGAGCGGCCCUCCCGGCAGCUCCCGGCGCCCGGGACCCCCGCCCGCCGCUCGCCCGCAGCCCGCCGGCCGCACACGUCUCCGGAGCCGGGCCUAGGGCGGGCGGCGGCUCGGCGUGGCCGGGCGGGCUCGGCGGCGUCCCCAUGGCCGCGGCCGGCUGGCGGGACGGCUCCGGCCAGGAGAAGUACCGGCUCGUGGUGGUCGGCGGAGGCGGCGUGGGCAAGUCGGCGCUCACCAUCCAGUUCAUCCAGUCCUAUUUUGUAACGGAUUAUGACCCAACCAUUGAGGAUUCCUACACAAAGCAGUGUGUGAUAGAUGACCGAGCAGCCCGGCUAGAUAUUCUGGAUACAGCAGGACAAGAAGAGUUCGGAGCUAUGAGAGAACAGUAUAUGAGAACUGGCGAGGGUUUCCUGCUGGUCUUUUCAGUCACAGAUCGAGGCAGUUUUGAAGAGAUCUAUAAGUUUCAAAGACAGAUUCUCAGAGUGAAGGAUCGUGAUGAGUUUCCAAUGAUUUUAAUUGGUAAUAAAGCAGAUCUGGAUCAUCAAAGACAGGUAACACAGGAAGAAGGACAGCAGUUAGCGCGACAACUUAAGGUAACAUACAUGGAGGCGUCAGCCAAGAUUAGGAUGAAUGUAGAUCAAGCUUUCCAUGAACUUGUCCGGGUUAUAAGGAAAUUUCAAGAGCAGGAAUGUCCUCCUUCACCAGAACCAACACGGAAAGAAAAAGACAAGAAAGGCUGCCAUUGUGUCAUUUUCUAAGAAUCCCUUGAAUUUUAGCUACCAACUGCCAGGAAAAGCCCUCAUCUUCUCCUUCUCUCCUUACGGUUUACAUCACAUCACGUUGGUACCUUUCUAGCCUUAGACAAAUGAUCACCGUGGUAGCCUUAGACCUAGAAGCUGGCUGAUCCUUUCUGUGAAGCUAAUCCUAUGGUCAUUUCAAGACAGAGUUAAAGGAAACACUAAGGCUGCUUCAAAGAUUAUCUGAUUCCUUAAAAAUACUGAUCUAUAUACACAGACACAUUUCUUUUUUAAGGGCUUACAUUUUAAUAGGGAUGAAUCAGUUUUGGAACCUAAGCUGUUCGCCAAGCUGAAGUCAUAGGUUGUGAAAUAACUUUUACCUUCUGGAAUCAUAUUUCCUAUUGUUACUCUAAAUAGAAAUGUAAGGAGUUUUUUUAAAAUGUGAAUUUUUGCCUAUCUUUAAAAAUUUUGAUGUCAACCUUAGUUAACCUGAAAUACACUGAAUUGAACCACAAAAAUGAGACCUCUCAGACCUUUACUGAUGCUACAGCCUUUGUUUUCCAGUGGCCAAAAUACCAAAUGCCUAUUGUAUUUAUAGGUUAAAAACUGCAUAUGAAGCCUUUAUUAAGUGCUCCACUCCUGAAGAGGAUAGUAAUGUUCUGUAUGGCCAAAUAUUUGGACUUAUUCUGGACUUAAGGCAUUUCAAUGUUCUUGGUUUUUUAAGUUAACUCUUUUCACAGCCUUGUCGAGAGUAAAAAUAAAUAAUUUCUAUCUGUCUUCCUUUUCAAGUGUUUCUGGAUAAGGGAUUCAAAAAAACUAAAACUGUUUUUGUUUGUAAUAUAAAAUAUGGAAUUGAUCUUUCCGAGGUCAGAGAUGAUUAAUGUUUUUGCUAUAUACUUUUAUACAUUAUUUUCUUAUCAAACUAGUUAACAAGUAUUUUUAUAUGUUUGUAAGCAAAUAUGCUUUCACAGCAUACCUUGUGUAUAUGUAAAGAUAAGUAUUUAAUUCUCACUGUUCACUUUUAACUGACAAAGAAAAAAAAGUGAAAACUACAGAAACUGUGGUAGAACUUUACUUGCUGUUCUGGUCCUGGUCCUGGUGGCGCCCACCUCUGGCCAGUCACAUACCUGCUCGAGGAACCUUCUCCAUAGAUUACAACAGGAUGAGAAUCUGAAGUCACUUUUGAUACCCCGUACUAGGUAUUGGCUGUUAUAUCAAGUAGUAAGUGUAAAACUUAAUUGACAAUUAGUAUAACUGUGGAUGGCUUCUGAUUUUGUUUUUAAUUCUGUGGAUUGUGUUUAAACAAUUCAAAAGUAUGUUCCUGAUCGUGAGAUACUAAGUGGUAUUGCACAGUUGUCACUUUAUUGAAUGUGUACAACAGUCCCAUGAAGUUGAUAAAGCGUACCCUUGUAUAGCUUCAGGUGCUAGAAUUAAAAUUGAUCUGUUAUCACAAGAUAA